AUGGUUGAUGAAGUGAGCACAAGCUCGUUCUCACAAUUUGCUCAAGCUUUAUCGCAAAGUAGAGAUCAGCCUGUAAGCUCUUUACUUGAUCCAGCAAACGGAUUGGCAUUGUUAUUUGCAGAGACUUGUGAAGCUCGUGCAACAAAUGCAUUUGAAGAAGGAGGAACAGAUUUAUACGAGGAAGACGAAGGAGAUGACGCAUUAGCAUGGAGAUUGGAAGAACAAACUUGGAGAUUGAUUCAUCAAUUGCAUGCAGAGCGCGUUCAACGUUUAAAUGAACAAAGAGCUGGUAUUGAUGGAGAUGCACUCGCCUCUUCAUCAAGAUCAAAUCCAUACAGAACACCAUUCGCGGCUGUACAAGAUAUACUAGAGGCUGAUGCAGCUCUUGCUGAGCUUAAAAUCGUUCGCGAUUGGUUGUCUAAUAAUCUUGCAUACAUUCAUCCAGUAGAGGUGCGAAAAGGAUAUUGGCCUUUCACAAAGAACAAGUUGCGUAAUGAAAGAAGGUCAGGAUCAGCUGGAAGCACACAGGCUAGUAAGGGUAGACCUUCCACCUUCGGCAGCAGAUCUGGAUUCGCCAGUACGGCUAUGGGCAAAGGCGUUAAGUCAUUAGACCCAGACGCAACAACUCGUGAAGGAUCUACUCUAGAGCUAGAGGAUGCCGCCUACGAGAAAGCUUUGAACAAGACCUUAUUCGAGUACACAAGAGGCGGUCAAUUGGACAAUGCGAUAGAUCUAGCACGACAAACGGAUCGAACAUGGAGAGCUGCUAGCUUGCGAGGAGCGACACUUUACUGGAGGUCAGGGUUGGACAAUGACAUGGACGAUGAGCUCACAACCCCGAUGGGCAAUCGAAAUAGAGCAUUAUGGAAAGCAGUCUGUCGCUCGCUGUGUGCAAAAUCAUCAGUUGAUGAAUACGAACGAGCUCUGUACGGUGCCUUGUCAGGAGAUUUGAAAUCUGUCUUGAACGUUAGUACUACAUGGGAUGCACAAUUAUGGGCGUAUGCCAAUGCCCGGCUUGAAAGUGCAAUUGAUCACAAGUUGAACAAAUUAGACAAUUGGUGGAGUCAAGAUGCGGCAGAUAGAUUCGGUCUUUCUUCAACAUCAAAAGAGCUUGGAUCAGUCCAGCUCCAAGAACUACGCAUUCCAGGCUCAAAUGUAGGGAAAAUGCUAGAAUCGAAAAUGGCUUUAGAUGAGGAUGCUCCGCUUGCUGUAGAACUGCGUGAUGUGUUCAUCAAGCUUGGUCAGACUGAACAAAAUAAUGUUCAUGUUCAGGCAAAUCACCCAUUCCGUAUCGUUCAACGUGCUAUCAUCUUGUCCGAAUUACCGGCACUUCUGACGCACAUCGAAUCUUUGUUGCCUUCGAUGCGUGUGACAGUAUCUCCUCAGCAAUAUGCAAGAUUAACAAGAUUCUUUGCGCAUUUGAUUCUCUUUCUCCGUUUGAUCAAAUGGGACAACAUGCCGAAUGAUAUCGUUUGCAAUUCUAUCUUGAAGGCAUACGUUGAUGUAUUGGAAAACGUAGGUGAGGCUGAUUUAGUCGCCCUCUAUGCAAGCAGUCUGGAGCGUGAAAGUGCUACAGAGAGUUAUGCACAUUACCUCAAACUUAUGGAGCCAAGAGAACGGAUGGAGGCAAAAGAAGCUGCUCUAAGGCGAGCGCAAGAGAAUGAUUUGGAUGUAGCUGCUGUUGCAAGCACGGUUGUAGCGAUGAUCUUGGACGAGAUAAUCCCAUCAAUGGCAUCCAAUGCACCAAUUCCAAAGAUUCCAUUGGUCGAGCUCAGCGUUGGAAUAACGCCAUCUGAAGAACGAUUGAUUCGAGCGAUCGAUUGGCUUUGCAUUGAUGAAAGCACGCAUAUCACUGCAAUCAUUACGGUGAACCAGCUGCUACGAUUGUUCCUCAAUAAUGGUCGUCUAAAUGCUGCACGUACACUGCUGUUCGACGUUCCGUCCGAUGUGAUUGAGAAGAUUGGCCUGUUGGAAGAAGCAGGCGAUGGAGAUCUACAAGCGACAGAAUUCGUUCAUUGGAGAUCGUUCUUUGAUGCUCUGGAUCAUCACCUUCGAUUUGUCGAAUUGUGGAACAGACGUCCUGCUGAGAACGCACCUUCCCGCUUAGAUCGACUCAAUUGGACGAAAGCGCUCAAUGGGGUAGUGGAGGAUGCCCAAAUUGUGAUUAGACAAGUUCUAGAGAUGGAUUGGAUCAAAUUGUCGUUACCGGUUCUGGAUACUCAAACAGCGCUCAGAUUGGAAGAAUUGACACGAAUUCGUCGAAUCUACAUUCCCGAACUGGUGUUUAGGUUGCAUUCGAUGUUGUAUGAAUCAAGUUCGGUUUUACCGCAAACACUUGCCUCGGUUAUUCAAUUGCCUAAUCUUGUGGCGGAUGAGAAUCAUAAGCUUUAUUUGGACUUCAUCGCUGGGGAUGACAACCGCUUGCCGGAGUAUCUAGAAUUGGUACGGAUAGCGGAAAUGUCGAGUUUAGGACAGAACCCUGAUCCAUUCUACUUGAGUGCGAACACUCAAUCAGCUAUCGGACAAUCAGUCUAAAAUUGUACAAAAUAAGUUCUAAUGAAUGAAAAAUUGAAAAUAUGGU